AGUUCAAUAUUUUUCCAAAAAAACGACAUGUCGUGUAGAGUUUAGUGAUGCGAUGCCUGAAUGAGGAAGGGGGACGAUUUCUGGAACCGAAAACAUCAGACUGAAGAAAUACCCAAGUCACCACUCCGCCUGCCGCCACCACCCACUCCGAUUCGAUUCGGCAAACAACUGAAAGAAAAUAUGCCGUCUCUGCAAACCGCCUUGCCUCCUGAGCUCGCUAACAAUGUCAUCAGACUUUACCGUGAGUGCAUUCGAAGAGCUAAAUACGUCGGCCAUCGGCAACACAAUACACAACUUGUUGUUGAUAUGGUGCGGCAGCAGUUCAAAAAGAACAUGAAUGAGACAGACCCGGAUAAGAUUCAACAGUGCAAGGAUGAUGCUGCUAGGGGACUUAUAAAUCACAUACUUUUCGAGUCGGAGAAGAUGUCUGGUCGUAAAUUCAGCAAGACCUAGAGCUGAUUUAAUUUAAUUUUUUUUUUGUCUGAGAUUUCAGUUUUGUUGUAUUGGGAUAAAGUUGCAGCAGUAAAAUAAGUGAUAACAAUGUAAGCUUCAAUGCUCUGAUCCCUGUUUAUCAUUUAUGAAUGUUUUGAACACGA